UUGGGUUGGGCUGGAUUGUGUACAAAAAAAAGCAAAAAAUUACCCGCCUUCCUCACCGUUUCGUGAUCGUGUUUUAUGUUUUAUUCGUUUUUAUUCGCAUUUUAAUUCCCAUUUUGUGUGAAAAUGUUCCCUACGAAACUCCAAACUAUAACGUUCACUUGUUUGGUCGUUUUGCUAUUUAUUAAUGCGAGUGAAGCGAUUUGGUGCUACCGGUGCAAUUCCGCCACACCCGGGUGUGGUGACAAUUUCAACUGGCGUGGAAUCGGUUACCUCGGCGAUCCAUGUCCCGAAGAUGAUGACAUCUGCGUGAAGGUGAUCGAGCGGAAGGGUACGCUGGAGACGAUCACGCGCGACUGCCUGAGCACUCUGCAAGGCUUCCGGACGGAUAUUCCGGCGGAUAAGUACGAAGGAUGCCGGCCGGCCGCAAAAGACUACAACUUGGCGCACUAUGUGAACACUUCGAUCAAGGAACUGGACGUCAAGAGGGAUCAUUUCGAUUCCACCAAAUUUUGCUUCUGUUUCCUCGAUCACCGCUGUAACGGGGCAAGCACGAUUGGUCAUCGCGGAUCUUUCAUCGUUAUGGCCGCUAUUGUGCCGACGGGUAUUGCGUAUCUACUGAGGCAGCUGCUCUGAUUAGUAGAAGGGUCUGGCUAAUCACAGUCAUGGUCACUAGGUUACAUAGUAGGCUAGAUUACAAGAAACUACGAGCAUCCCGAGAAAUUAGGAGCAUUCCAAUCAGAAUCUUAUUUUUAAUAGGAAUAUGCAAACCAAUCCGCCCAUUUUAAGACAGCCAUUUUCGUAAUUAUAGCAGAUUUUAAGUGAUUAACGGCUAGGACAAGAGUAGCUUAAGCCACCUGCUGUAUCGACAUCCAUUCUAAUGAGAAUCUCUUUAUCUUUUAUAGGAAUAAGCUAACGAAUCCGUCCAUGUAAAGACAACUUUUUCGGAAAUAAUUUUCGUAAAUAAAACUGCCUUUAAAAUGAUCUA